CGGUGACUGACAGUAGUUUGUAGGUAGUGACAAGGUGGCAUGAAGCAUCAACUUUACUUUGGAACUUGUUUAAAAAAGUUUUUAUUAUAUUAAAAACCCAUUACUUCAUAGCUGCGAAGGUGAAAAAUCAUAGUCAUAACUUGUAUUGUUAGUAUUUAACAGAAUUUGAGUCUUGUCCUUUUAAAUACUUUAUUAAAUUCAUAAUGUCAGCAAAAGGGGACAGUGUCCCCAAAAGUAAAUCUGUAAUUUGGGCUUACGUGUUAUGGUUAUUUGGUGGCAUAUUCGGUGUGCAUCAUUUUUACUUACGAAGAGAUCGACAUGCGUUUGUUUGGUGGACAACGCUCGGAGGAUUUGGAAUCGGAUGGCUUGGCGAGAUAUUUCGAAUUCCUCGAUACGUACGUGACGCCAACGAAGAUCCCGAUCACAUGAAAGAACUGAUGGCAAGAAUGGCCCAGAAUAAAAAGCCUCCAUUCUCUAUGAAUCGUUUCACUGGUAUGCUGAUGGUUGGCUACUCUUGGGGUCAGAUGAUGAUGUAUGCCGUGCCACCUGAUGAGUUGUGGGGAAUAAAUUUCAGAUACCUCAAUCACCUGAUACCUCUUGCUGCAGCUCUGGGUGUGUGGACUGUAGGCAAUAUAGGGAGAGAAAAGGGUAGCCUCAAGUGGCCUCUGGUAGCAGCAUAUGUGUCAUACCGCAUCCGAUAUUACAUUUAUGAUGAAACUAUUUGGUUUACACUUAUGGUGCUGGCAGCAGCACUUGUGUUUGACACCUUCUCAAAGGAGUGGCGCAAGCCUCCAGAAAAGAAACGACAUGUGAUCAAGAGAGUUGCCAUCUUAUCAGUAUGUGCUUGCUUGUACUUGUCUCUCUGGGUGAGCUACUUGUAUUUUCAUGGCAACAUUACAGACAGUGAUGGCAACGAAGUUCCAAUUUAUGAAGCUUUGGAGCACUUCUUCAGUAGUCCAUGGUGGCUGGAUGCGAAGCAGUGCCUCUAUGACACUUACCGAUAUGCGCAGCACCAUGGCUGGUAUGAGGUGUGGAAACAAAUUAUAGAACUUUCUGAUCCUCAUGGCGAACAAAAUGCUUAUAAGGUCCUUGGGCUAGGGCCAGAGGCUAGCCAGCAAGAGAUAACUUCUAGGUGGCGUCGCCUAUCCCGCGAGAACCAUCCGGAUAAGGUGAAAGAAGAAUCCCUUCGGAGGGCGGCACAGGAACGCUUCAUGGAGAUUCAGCAAGCCUACGAAAUACUGUCCAACAGCAAACACAGGAGGAAUCGUCGCAACAAAAAGGAUAACUCCGACAAACAGCAGCCAACUCCAAAGCACGAAGAAAUGUAGACGUAGUGAGUUGUAACACUGUAAAAUACCCGAACUUGUUUUCGAUACAUUUGCAACGUGUCUUAAAAACCUUACGAGUGUAGUUGACUUUGUAAUAUUUACCUUAUUUUGUACGAACCGUGUUUGCUCAACUGCCAUCUGUCCAUUAAAAUAUUGUAAUGUAGUAUCGAAACUAAUUAAAGUGGUUAAAUUUUGUCUGGAGAUGACGCACCGUAUUGUCACUCGUGAAAAUUACUUAACUACAAAAUUAGAUGGAUACUACUGUAUUUCUCCAUUUCUUUUUAAAUCAUUCUACUUCACAACAAUCCAAUUUUUGACAAAAAAAUAAUAUUAUAUGAAAGCUUUAAGGUCAUCGCACAUUAGAACCACCUGGUAUCCGACUAGCACUAACUCGCCUUGUUAUUAUUUAUAUUAACAUUUAUGAAAAUGAGUUUUCUAUGUCAACUCUGGAUCCUUUGGCUCACAUUUAUUUAUAUAUUUCUCUUUUUAUAGAGAGUUGUCAAUUUCACAAGGGAGUCGUUCAGUCCAUUUUUUAUAUCAUUAUAACUAAUUAUUGUUAUUGUUUACCUUCAAAUGUGCGAUUAAUAAAACGAUUUAAUAAAGGUAUGUAUUAGAAGAAAAUUGUUACCUUAGGAAUUUUAUUAUCACAGCUUGCAUGCUAAUCUUGUCGAUAGCGAGUGGCCCUUGAAAAUCGGGAUGGUACUGAGUCCAUACUAUGAACUCUUUAGAGCCAUGAAAAACAGCCGUUAAAGUGAAAUACCGCUCUACUCUACGUAUGUGAUGUCUCGCUUUACCAACUACAGAAAUUACCUCUCGUUUUGAUUUAUAAUACGCCAUUUAGCUCUACUGAGCGAUGACCUUAAACUAGGUAACAUGUGGUUGUAAUAUUCUGUAACUGUUUGGAAGUAUCAUAAAAUAUUUGGAUCUGACACAUAAGUUCUUCUAUUUAUAUUGCGUAACUUUAGAACAAUAACUUAAAGGUACACGUAUUGAUAUUCACCAUUUAGGGGUGAAGAAACACCUCAACUAUAUUUAUUAAUUAAUCUUUGAUGCAUUUAUUCAAUACACAUACCAAAAUGUUAUAUUUAUAAUUUAUUUAUGUCAAAGUAGAUAAUAAGAAGAUUAAUAUAAUUAUGUUCCGUAUGAUUGAUUAAAACCUUAGACUAAAUGAACGUUGAGGGGUUGCUUUCCCGUGACGUAUAAUUCAUUAUAUUUACCUCAGUGUACGAUUCGAUUCGAAUUCCUACGAAGCUGUUGGUAAUAGUACUUCUUAAGACAGUGAAACACAAUACUCGAAAUGUUAUUUCAAUACGCCCAUCAUAAGGACUAUUACAAAUACAUUUUUUUUAUCUAUUUAAUUACUUUACCUAUAUAUGUACAGAUGUUAUGUUUAACUGUAUGUGUUCAAUUGCACUACUGUGGCCAAAUCAAUUUAUAAACAUGCACGGGAAAAAAUCCUUUUGUCAAUCAACCAAAAAAUACACAGAGCAAGCGCAUGAAAGUUUGGGAGCAGGGGCUCGUGACUUCACUAAGUAAAAAUUGUAUCAAGCCAUGACGUCAUGCGACAGUUUAAAUCAAUAUAUCUCUGUAACGUUUUGAUUUUGUGAAUUAAGAAAAAAUGCGUGUCUUAUUCUAUAUGAUAACCUACUUGAUAGACGAAAAAUAAAUAUUCAUCAUUCCCAUUGUGCACGGCACCACAGAGCCUUCCUUUGAUCUGAUUAGUAUACGAUCGAAAAGCAGCGUUAAAAGCGAAAUGCCCAUUAAAUUGCAAUGUCUUAUACUGUAACAACCAAAAUUAAGGCUUAUUCGUGCUAUUGCAAGGCCCUUGGACCGAGAAUUUAUAAUUAUGUGUACUUACUAUAACAGUAUUUAUUUAUUUAUCUCAAUUUAUUAAAUAAGUUAAUGUUUGAGAUAUUUUCUUGGCAAUACUAUCUCACUAAGUGUUGUGAAUAAAUUGUUGCUACCUUUUUAUACGGAGUCUUCCAAUCUUUAUAUACUUCAUGUUUAUUAUGUUAAUUCGUAUUUUAGGUAUACUUUAUUCUAUUUAACAACGAAUAUAAAUGUAAAUUUAUGCCGUCACCUUAAUAAGCAAACUUUUAGUAGAAUAACAAGACGAGUACGAACGUUAAAUUAAAACAGAGUAUGUAAUUCGGUAUUCAAAUUAAGUAAUAUCGCGUAAUGUGAUCGAUUUCGAAUAGUUUGCGAGUCCGAAAUUAGAAUUCGUACUAAGGGUACUGUAACCUUAGCACGAACCAAUAUCGAAUUCGAAUAGUUUGCAAGUGCGUAAUGACAAUGCCACAUUCUUUAUGGAAACUUGAACAGCAGCGCCACAAUUGAAGUAAUGAGAACUAAAAAUCAGUACCAUUUGACGUAUAAAAUAGAUCGUAUUCAACCGUGCGAAUUCGAUAAUGGUUCGUGCUACUAGGGUACUAAUAUGACAUUUACUUGCUUUCAUUAUAAGUUAUGGCAGCGAAUUGUUCAUAAAUUAUCUGAUCCUCUUUCCCUCAUUAGCUCAAAAAUCAUAUCUAAAUACAGUUUCAUUUCGUCAGGCCCUUCUAUUUAUCUUAUAUUUUGAAUAUAAGUAGGUUGGUGUCCAUUUUUCUAACGCAGUUAAUUUAAUUUUUCUUUUUUCAAUUAUAACACCAGACGUGAGUCUGGUGGAAAGUGUGACUCCGACGAAGAUGGAGCACGCUUCCCUAGAAAAAAGACAAAGUCAACUCAAAUUGGAAGCUUAAUACUACUAUUUUGUAUCGUUCACAGUUUUCCCCCUACAAGAAACGAACUAUUCAUUAUCCACACGCGAUUAAAAUAGAUCAAGAAUAUAUGUAUCAGGGAACAGAGAAGCCUGCAGUAAAUUCCUAUGAGCUAUAACGCAAUGAAAAGGGUAAAAUCAGAGCGCUUGAUACGUGCCCAUGGGUUAUUUGCAAAUAUUUUUUUCUGCUUUUUAAUGAAAAAGACAAUAAUUAAACUAGUAAUAAGAUUUCUAGUUGUUUAUCAAGGUGACAGAUAGAAGCAUUUAAGUCUUUUAAGACUGUUUUUUAUGUGUCCUUAUUUUGUUUAUAAUAAUAUUUUUUUAUUAUAACGGAUAAUACUGUCCAUUUAUAUGUACUUAUUUAACAAUGACUAUAGUCUGCUAGUAACUCGUUGAUGGGCGUCACUUUCGCUAAUGUAAAGGAUUGCCGCAUUUAAAUAUCGUUAUAGCUCUAUAUUGUGCUGUGCUGUGCUCUAUUUAGUUAACACACUCCUAAGAUUAUAAGAUAAUACAUGCUGCAUGGCUGUCUUUUUUCUGCAGUGCGGCUGCUAAAAGAAUCCUUUGUAUUAGUUCAUAAUCAAAAAUUUCUUUAUUUAAACUGGCAGCAUAUAACAACUCUUUUGAAUCGUCCAUAUUUUUUCCGCUACCAAACCGUUCAGGACAUUUUGUAGUUGUGUAGAAAAGCGGGCAAAAAAAACUUCACGGCGUUAAAUUAUCUACAAAAUAUUAUAUUGUUACAGUGUCAAUAUAAAAUCAUGUCAUCUAAAGAUGACAGGAUGAUAAUUAUGUUAGCAUCCUGUCUUCUUGACGACAUGACCUAUAAUUGUAUUAUGAUAAAUCAUAAUUAAAUUAUACAAACUGCCUGUCGGAACGUUUGUUUAAACCCAAGCAUUUUUGUCUGAAAUAUAAUCUCCUUAUAAUUGGUAUUUUUAGUAAGAACUUUUUUAAUAGUGGUUUUAAAGGACAUGGUAAAGCUUUGUAUGAGCGACUGCCCUGGCAAUGUAUAAAUACUAUACUUAGUAAUAUUUAAUGUUAAAUGGCUGAAUAUUUAUAAUUUCUAUAAAAAACUUACUACAGUUGAUAAAAGAUGUUGCAAUUAUUUACAGUCAUCAAUUUCGCAUUUUCUUAAAAUCUUUCUUCCCAUUCCUCUGAUUAUCUCCACAAAGUUUUUUUAAAGCAAAAAUAAAUACUAGUAAUUGUUUAUCGUCGGCCUGACAGGAAAUCUGUGAAGGUUUAUUUUAUCCAUUUGCAAAAAUUAAAAGAUUAUUUAUCAUACAGCCUUGUCUCAAGCCUGAUCAGAAUAAUAAAAUCUAUUAUUUAAGGCCUUCAGUGAUUUGUUAUAAUAAAAAUUAGGACCAAAUAUGUCAUAGUUUGAAGGAGUUUAGAAAUAAUAUUGUUUAUUUCAAUAUACUUAACAAAUAUUUUUUGUGUACAUUUAUUGUUCAUUUAUUUUGUGUAACGGAACAUUUUGCUUUUGAAACGGACAUGAAGUCAAUUUUUAUACUUUUAAAUAUUUGAUAAUUUCACGAAAGUUGUAUCAUAAUUAUAAACACAUAAUAAUUAAUAAAAAAAAAAAUGUAAAGUUACGGGCUAGUGCGAAAUAUUUAUACACGUUAAGGGCAGUUUCUUAGUCAUGUCCUUUAUUGACGGUGAAAUGUUAGAUAUAGCUUGGGAUUUUGUUGUACGGGACGUUCUACAUUAUAUAGGCUGCAGAGCUAAGCCUCUUUGGCAAUUUCUCAAUAUGUAAUGCCUAAGAAUACUAUAAUGCCCGCAAGGUCAAAAGUUUCUUAAGAUAACAAGGUAAAAUACUCUUUCGUCGUAUGUUUAAAAAAAAAGGUAUCGGAAAAAUAAAAUGUAUUCUGACAAUCUAAUGAACUGAUAUGACCUACGUCACGAAACAAUUCUUUCAGUGGUUGCACUUUAACACGAGCAUAGCACAGCUCAACAUUGAUAGGUCAGGUCAACCAAGAAAUGUUGUCCGUCAGUGCUUAAGCGUCAUCUGCGCGUUGUUUUAUGCGUUAAACAAACUGUUCAACGCAUUGCCGUUGGCGCAAAAUAUUAAGUGCCUGUAAAGUAAUAAGUAUGUAUUCUUUUUCACAUUGAGCAUACCCGGUAAUUGUAGCCUCAGACAAGAAUGCAUACGCAUCAUUCAAGGCUUACACCAGCUAUUUGCUUAGUGAUAUGUAGGGUACCUCCCCUUGUCUGAUAAGCAUUCGUUGAUCGCUAACAGCUCAAACAGACGGCAAGUGGAUGAUUGACCGAUUGAAAUGACAAUCUUAAGUACAUGAGUAUUUUCUACCAUUACAUUUCGUUUCCACAAAAACGGAUCUGUACGGAGCUAAGCAGUCUUAAAGAAAUUGUCCAAUAGCAUUGCUCAAAAUACAGACAAUGUAUUUUCAGCAAUGCUAUUGGUCAAAAUACACACAAUCUAUUUUGAACAAUGCUAUUGGUAAAUUUCUUUGAGACUGUCCAGCUCCGCGCAGACCCGUUUCUGUGGAAACGAAAACUUACUUUUUUCUUUUCCGUUUAUACUAACUAGAAACGAUUAUCGAGUUUUUUAACGUAUGCAUAAGUUUGCAUAGAUGCGCCUUAACCUAAGGCGUGCGCGAGUUGAUAUCUCUCGCUUUCUCUCUUCUGUGUCUUUUCUAUCCUACUGUCCCUCAAGUCACCUCUUGGGGUUACCAAGAGAAUCGGUGGGACCCAAAAUCAAAUAAAAGUAUAUGAAUAAAUUGAAAUUUUGGUGUGCCCUUUAUAUAUGUUACGUGCAGAUUAUAGUGUUCUUACAUUAGAUAACGCCUUGUGAUCGAUCCGUCCUUUAUUUAUUUUUGUAUUAUUGUAACUCGAAUAAUUCCGAGAGAGCUUUGUAUUUUUUAGGAUGAAUUGUAUUUUUUAUUAUAUUUUACAUAGUUGUAAAAUUUUGGCUGAUUGGUGAAAUACUUAUGUAACAGUAAUAUAUCCAUUAUUUUUAUUAAAAUUGUUUUUUUGUGAUUAAUAAAACAAGAUAAAAU